AAUCCCCACUGCAAACCCGAGCCCCGCCUCGGUGCCGGCUCCUCCCGGUUCCGCCCCCGCACGGCCCCGCACGGCUCCGGGAGCCCCGCGCGAUGAUCUGCGGGCGGAGGGCGCGGCCCCGCCCCGAGCGGCCCGGGGGGGUCUUGAAGAAGUUGGGGCUGUCGGAGGACGAGGACCUCCAGGUGAUGCUGCAGGGUUCACUGCUGCGCAAGGUGACGUCGCGGCGGGUGAAGGAGCGGCUGUACCGCCUGCAGGAGGACGCGCUCACCGUAGGGUCCGAGCGGCGCUUCGGGCGCGUGCCGUUCAAACACAGCUUCUCCGUUGUGCACAUCGCGGCCGUGCGCCGGGGCCACCAGUCGGAGGGGCUGCGCCGGUACGGCCGUGCCAUCCCCGAGCGGCUCUGCUUCACCAUCGCCUUCGAGGGCGGGCGCAGAAACCUGGACCUGGGGGCACGGGACGAGGAGGUGGCACUGCGCUGGGUGCGGGGGCUCCGCACGCUGCGGGGGCGGCUGCGGGGCAUGAACCAGCGGGAGAGGCUCGAGCACUGGAUCCAUGGCAUGCUGCAGCGUGCCGAUAAGGACAAGGACAAUAGGAUGUGCUUCCAGGAGGUGCAGAGCAUGCUGAGCAUGGCCAACAUCCAGAUGGACAACGCCUAUGCCCACCAGCUCUUCAAGGAAUGUGACCGCUCUGGUGAUGGGCGGUUGGAGGACCGGGAGCUGGAGGAUUUCUGCCGGCGGCUGCUGCGGCGCCCGGAGCUGGAGGAGCUCUUUGGGCGCUAUUCGGGUGAGGACUGCGUGUUGUCGACCGAGGAGCUGCGGGAUUUCCUGCAGGACCAGGGCGAGGAGAGCACCCUACACCAGGCCCGUGCCAUCAUCCGUGCCCAUGAGCUCAAUGAGAAGGCCCGGCAGCAGGACCUGAUGACGCUGGAUGGCUUCACGAUGUACCUCCUGUCAGCCGCUGGUGACAUCCUCAACCAGGAGCACACCCAGGUGCACCAGGACAUGAGCCAACCCCUGUGCCACUACUUCAUCUCCUCGUCCCAUAACACCUACCUGACCCGCAACCAGAUUGGUGGCACCAGCAGCACCGAAGCCUACGUCAGGGCACUGAUGAUGGGAUGCCGUUGCGUGGAGCUGGACUGCUGGGAGGGUCCUGAUGGGGAACCCGUCAUCUGCCAUGGCCAUACAUUCACCUCCAGAAUUCUCUUCUGUGAUGUCAUUGAAGCCAUCCGUGAUUACGCCUUCAAGCGAUCACCGUACCCCAUCAUCCUCUCGCUGGAAAACCACUGUGGGGUGGAGCAGCAGGCUACCAUGGCGCAGCACAUGAAGGCCAUCCUUGGGGACAUGCUGCUGACACAGCCCCUGGAAGGACAGGACCCCAAUGUCCUCCCAUCCCCAGAGCAGCUGAAGGGGAAGGUCCUGGUGAAGAGCAAGAAGCUGCCAGAGCCACAGCGUGAGUCCUGCGGUGUCACCUCCAUCCUGGAUGAAGAGGAGGUGGAGGAAGAGGACAGGCUGCAGGCCAAGGAUGCAUCACACGUGGCCCCGGAGCUGUCAGCCAUGGUGGUGUACUGCCAGGCCACCCGUUUCCCCGGCCUGGCCCAGGCCCUGCAGCACCCCCGGCCCUAUGAGAUAUCCUCCUUCAGCGAGAGGAAGGCCCGGAAGCUCAUCAAGGAGGCGGGCCCUGCGUUCACGCACUACACCGCCCGGCAGCUGAGCCGCGUCUACCCUUUGGGAUUGAAGAUGACCUCUUCCAACUACAACCCCCAGGAGAUGUGGAAUGCUGGCUGCCAGCUGGUGGCCCUCAACUUCCAGACGCCAGGCUACGAGAUGGACCUGAACGCCGGGCGCUUCCUGGGCAAUGGGAGCUGUGGUUACGCACUGAAGCCCCAAUUCCUGCGCAGCCCCCAUGGCUCCAGCCCCUGCCCCCUCGUGCUGCACAUAAGGGUCAUCACAGCACAGCAGCUGCCAAAGCUGAACCGGGAGAAGCUCAGCUCCAUCGUGGACCCCUUUGUUAGAGUGGAGAUCUAUGGGGUGACGGCGGACUGCAGCAAGCAGCAAACGGCCUACAGGAGCAACAACGGCUUCAACCCACGCUGGGAGGAGACGCUCACCUUCCAGCUGCAGGUCCCCGAGCUGGCGUUGGUGCGCUUCGUGGUGGAGGACCACGACAGCACCUCCUGCAACGACUUCGUGGGGCAGUUCACGCUGCCACUGGGCAGCAUGCGGGAAGCAUCCACUCUGUCCCCAGGGUACCGCCACAUCCACCUGCUCUCCAAGGACGGUGCGUCCCUGUCCCCUGCCACACUCUUUGUGCACAUCAAAUGCAAACGCCCAUGAUGCCCCCAUGGGCAACGUGCUCCUCCAUGGCGCUGGGGACACCCUGCAGGGACAGGAUGGGGACACCGCUCGCCAGCCAGGGUGACAGCAGGGAUGCCUGGGGUCCCCAGUGGGGUAGGGGACCCUGUCUGUGUCCCAUUUGCUGUCACUCACACCCCACUUUUCCCCUCCGCCUGAGACCAGGAUUUGGGGACAUGGUGACAACCGGGACAGGGUGGCUCAGCCACCACAUUCCCAGUGCAUCUGCAGGGACGUGAUGGUGACAGCAGCUUCACCAGCUCCAUCCCAACUCCUUUGGGCUGCAGGGAUGGUGCCUGCCCCAAUGUCCCCAAGGGGACACUGCCACUGCAGCCGUGGCGCUGACCCUCCGUGUGGUUUGAUGCUCGAGAACCGCUGACAGUCAGAGAUUGGUACCCAGUGCCCAGCAGGUCGAAUAAAGGUUUAUUGAACAGCC